AAUAGCUGCUUAGCAGUUCAGUUGCUUCUCUAGAAAAAAAACUGAAAUCAGAUAAAGUAGAAGUUGUUUUUCACCGAUCAUUAGCUUCUUAGAUAAGAUCUAUGCGAAACAUGCAACUCUCAAGGCACAAACUGAUAAUCGUGCCCUGCGUCCCAGCCCUUUUAAGCCGCCGGCGGCCGGCAGCGUCUUCCUCUCCUCCUCCGCCCGCGGAGGCACAACGCACUAGCGCAGUGCGCAGAGGGGAGACGCGAACGCAAACGCGAGCGGCAGUCCCACGAAGGCGCGGAGCGAGCGAGCGACGGCCGCCGGCGCCGCGGCGGAGAAGCGAGCAACUCCGUGCCUGUGCGUCUGUGCGAGCAGAGAGCGGCGGCGGAGCGGAGAAGACGGAACGCUCGCGGCCUAAAUCACGCUGCCAAAUCUUUUUGAUUCCAACUAACCCAAUCAUCUAAUCGCACCUCCUACCGAACCCCUGCCAUGGCAUGCCACGUACGCGACCUGGCCACCCAAUCUGUGGCCUGUGGCCUGUGGCUGUGGGCAGUAAGACGACAGGCAUAAGUUUUGACUGUAUUGUAGUUGUAGCCUUGUAGGCUUGCCGGCUGCGGCUGCUCAGCUCUACGUUGUUCCGGAACCUUCUGCUUCGCCCGCCGUCACGCGACCGCGAGCACCACCGCUAGCAUAAACCGGCGACGAACCCAAAAGUCAGGCAUCACUGCGAGCCAAGUAUAGCAAGGCGCGGAAAGGCGUCGAGUGGAGUGGCUGCGGUGCCUGCCCGUCUAUCUUCGGGGAGCGUCUGGGGUUGCCGGCGGGGAGGCCAUGGACCGGGGUCGAAGCGAGAGCGGCCUGCGGUCGCACGGGUCCGGCAAGGUCUCCUCUCGGCCGGGGUCGGGGUCGCUUGUGUUCCCGGAGGAGCAACGGUGCAGGCACGACGAGUUUGGCGACCGCCGCAGCAUGACAGAUGCGACGGCUCCGCAAGGCGGCACGGCUGCGCCGACGUCAGCGCACAGCACCGCAGCCCGCACGAGAGAACCUGCCCUUGCACGGGAGCACCGCGCGAGGAUGGGCCUCGGACAAAUACUGUUCCCCACAACCACAAGACUGAACUGCACCAAAACGUGGAGCUCGGACACGGACUCUGGACUCGGACACGGACUCUGGACUCGGACACGAACACGGACACCGCGUGGAACAGGAGCUCGGACCCGGACUCGGACACGAACACGGACACCGCGUGGAACAGGAGCUCGGACACGGACUCUGGACGCUUCAAUCCCGUGUGACUAGCAAGAUGUUGGAAUACCAAAACGUCGUUGGGGGACGGUUGAAGUUGAAGGGUAAAGCGCUGGACGUGAAAGAUUGUGGAGUAAAGAAAAAGAAGAAAAAGUACCAGCGUGAGGAGUCGUCUCAGACUGAAUCUGAUAAGAAUGUAGAUGAAGGGAACUCACAUCUUGACUAUGACCAUCUCACACCAGCAGAGCGUCGAUACAUGGAACAGAAGCAGAAGAUCGACAUGCAGAAGAUAGCCAAAGUCGCCAACAAGUCACACAAGGACCGCAUGCAGGACUUCAACCAGUACCUGGCUAAGCUGAGCGACCACUACGACAUCCCCAAAGUUGGCCCUGGCUAACAUGGCCAAUCUAGCUGUGUUACGCACAAAUAAUUGUAUACUGUGUGGGUUCAUCUAGUUUUCUGUUAGCAUUUUAUGUAUCGUUUUACAAUUGUUAUAAAACGACUUGUUGCCACCAGCAGACAAUAUUUAUUUUCAAAGGCUUGUUCCAA